AUUCUUUAAGUUGACAGAGCUGUUAGAUAUAAAAUAUUAUAUAAGUGAGGCUGAGUAAAAUAAAAAAAAGUAUUAACCUAAGUAACAUCUACAAGUAAAGAUGGUGAUUUCAAUCCCAAGCAGUUUUUUCUUAUAUGCUGCUGCUUCAGCAGCAAAUAUAGCAUCAUUUAUUUGUGGAAUCGCCUUUGGAUGGACUUCGCCAGAAAUUCCACAACUGAAAAAUGUAACCACAACGCCACUGGAUAGUAUCAUAACAGCUUCGGAAGAAGGAUGGAUUGGUGCAUUUUUACCAUUAGCGGCUGCAGUUGGACCAAUUGGUGCAGGCAUUCUAGCUGAUUCAAUUGGUAGAAAGUGGACUAUUCUGGUUGGAAACGUACCUUUUCUUCUAGCAUUUAUUCUAAACGUUGUUGCUAAUUCCGUAUAUUUCUUUUACAUUUCGAGAUUUUUAUGUGGUUUGGGAGUCGGUAUUAUCUUUACAGUACUUCCUAUGUACAUUGGAGAAAUAUCUGAUGAUGGAUCUAGAGGAGUAUUAGGUUCUUUGAUGCAACUUUUUUGUGUAGUAGGAUUAUUAUUUUCCUAUGCACUUGGACCAUUUCUGUCCAUUAAAAUAUUCAACGCUAUACUUAUAAUUCCUCCAACCAUGUUUAUCAUUUUAUUCUCAGUGUUUAUACCAGAUAGCCCCUACUUUCUACUGCAAAAGAGAAGAAUGUCUGAUGCUGUACAGGCUCUUAUGAAAUUUAGAGGUCGGGAACUAUCAUUUGCCAAAAAAGAAGCUGAAGCAAUUAACUCACAACUAGAAGACGAUUUGAAAAGUAAAGGCACUUUUCAACUAAUCUUCAAAUCACAAGGACUUAGAAAGGGUUUGACCAUAUCUUUAACUUUAAUUGGAGCACAACAAUUAUCUGGAAUUACAGUUGUACUUUUCUACGCACAAAGUAUCUUCGCUGACGCUGGAGUUCCCAUAGCACCUGAAGUGUGUACCAUUAUAGUGGGUAUCGUUCAGGUACUCGCAAGUGCUGUCACCCCUCUUCUUGUAGAUAGAUGCGGAAAACGACUUCUACUCAUGAUCUCAGGAUUAGGAAUGGCUAUAGCACAUAGUAUCCUAGCUUUCUUUUUUUAUUUGAAAAAUGUUCAAGACGCUGAUCUAUCCAAUUUAGGUUGGCUACCAAUUUUGAGCAUCGUAGUAUUUAUUAUAACAUACUGUUUGGGUUUUGGACCCUUACCUUGGGCAGUCAUGGGAGAGAUCUUUCCAGGAAACGUAAAAUCCAUAGCAUCUUCGGCUACAGCAUCAUUUUGUUGGAUACUUGGAUUUUUCUUAACCAACUAUUUUGGAGCGGUGACUAAGAUGAUGGGACAAUCUGCAUCUUUUGGAGUCUUUGGCAUUUGCUGUGUGAUGGCUGCUGCCUACGUUUUCAAGUUUGUACCUGAAACAACAGGAAAGAGUGUUAGUGAAAUACAGUGCCUUCUAGAUGGAAGUAUUAAAAAAAGUUUAGAGUUAAUAUACAGUAAAGUUGAAAGUGUUUAAUAAAAGUAAUAAUUUAAUAUAAUUACACUAGUAUUAAUAGUUAUUUAUGAAACAGUUCGUGAAGUAUGCUUUUUGCGAACGCACGCGAUGUUUAGAGCACGAGCGACAGGGGAGCGAGUGCUAUGCAUCGCGUAAGUUCGCAAAAAUUACUUCACGUACAGUUUCAUAUAAUAUUUUAUCUACGAUAAACAAAUAAAAAACUGUAACUCUU